AUGAGAAUAAAAUCAUAACCAUAAAAGUAUUAAGAAGACUUUUAAGAUACAAUAGAAUUAAUUAGUAUAGAUCUAUUUUCAAAUGAAAAAUCAAUAAAUGAAUAAAUAGAUGAAUGUGCAGAUCCAUUAUAUGAAGUUGAAUCUAUAAUAAUGAAAAAGAUUGAAAAUUAAGAAUCUCAUUACUUAGUAAAAUGGAAAGGAUAUUCUGAAUUAACUUGGGAACCUCUAUCUAGUUUAUAACAUUGUUAAUUACUUGUUGAUGAAUUUGAUGAAUAAAACACAUCUAAUAAUGUAAUUGUUGUUAAAAACAGUAUUACUAAGAAAUCUAUUACUAAAUCAAAAAAGAAAUAAAGCAAAUCUAAAAAAGGAGGUUCUUUUCAAAAUUAACAUUAAAUUUAAUCAUUCUAAAAAUUAGGUAGAAUUAUUAAAAUUAAUGGGAUUUCAUAAUAAUAAUUGAAAGUACUAUCUCUAUUUAUGUAUUCUAUAGGUUAAUAUAAAACAAUCUAAUAAAUCAAAACCUAAAUCUAUUUGGAUCAAUUUAAAUGAAUUACAUACUAAAGCUCCAAAAGAAUUAUUAUUAUUCUAUGAAUCACUACCUGCCAUUUAAUAAUUGUUUAAAACAACCAAUACUUUUAAAUCAAAAUCCAGUACAUAACAUUGA